CCCACCCCUACCCCGACGCGUGGCCUAUGUUGUGUGUGUAACAACGAUUGCGCGUUAAUCUUGUAUGCAGUGCUGUGAACAAUGUCAGAUGUAACAAUGGCAAGCCGCUGUGUAUUGUCAAGCGGUCCCGCGCUCUGACCAGCAAACGCGUGCGGUCAAACCACCCCCGCGUGCGUCCAGCAGCGGACUGAUCGGCGGCCCAGCGGCUGCGUGAGGCGCUGCUGGUGUUGGGGGGUGGUGUCGCCAUCUUCGCCGGGCACGCCACCGUCUCGGGCGAUGAGCGGUUCUAUCGCGAGCUGCUCAUGCCGGCGCUGCGUCGAGUCGUGCCGCCUGAGGCGGCGCACACGCUCUCCAUCCGCCUGCUGGCGCUGGGCCUCGGCCCUCGCCUACGCCCCACACGGAACGACGGCCCUGCGCUGGAGACGCGCGUGUUUGGCCGCACGUUCGCAAACCCCGUGGGCAUCGCGGCCGGCUUCGACAAACACGGCGAGGCAGUGGACGGCCUCUUCCACCUGGGCCUCGGCUUUGUGGAGGUCGGCAGCAUCACUCCGCUCCCGCAGCCCGGAAACCCCAAGCCUCGCGUGUUCCGGUUGAGCGAGGACAGCGCAGUCAUCAACCGGUACGGGUUCAACAGCGACGGGCACGAGGUGGUGGCGGCACGUCUGGGGGCACGGGCGGACGCGCAGAAGGAGCUGUCUCGAGGUGGGCAUCCCCUUGGCAUCAACCUGGGCAAGAACAAGCUCUCGCCCAGCGCCGCGGAUGACUACGUGGCGGGGGUGACGCGCUUUGGCCCGCUGGCCGACUACCUUGUGGUGAACGUGUCUUGCCCCAAUACGCCGGGCCUACAGGUCCUUCAGGGAUGCUCCGAACUCAGGGCCCUGCUGCAGCAGGUUGUGCGUGCGCGUGACGCACUGCCCACUCCACACAGGCCGGCCUUGCUGCUCAAGAUCGCGCCGGACCUCACCGACGAGGCCAAGCGCGACAUCGCAGCCGUUGUCACGGAGAUGGGUGUGGACGGCCUUAUUGUGAGCAACACCACUUUGAGCCGGCCGGCGGGCCUGCAGUCUGCUCACCGCACCGAGACCGGGGGGCUGAGCGGGGUGCCGCUCCGAGAGCUGUCCACGCAGACCGUGCGAGACAUGUACAAACUCACCGGAGGCUCCGUGCCAAUCGUGGGGGUCGGCGGGAUAACAAACGGCGCCGACGCGUUCGAGAAGAUCAACGCUGGGGCCUCGCUUGUGCAGCUCUACACGGCGCUCAUGUACCAGGGCCCGCCCGUCAUUGCGCGCGUCAAGCGCGAGCUGCAGGACCUGCUCAGUGAACACGGCUACAGCAGCGUGGCCGAGGCUGUAGGGGCCGAACAUCGGGAACCCCGGACCGGAUUGCCGCGGCAGGCGGAGCGUAAUGCGGGGGGUGCGGCGGCGUGACGGACGCGAUGUGGCUGAGCUGUGCAGCGGUGGUGUCGGGGAGAACCGUAGCUGUGAGCCGGAUUUUUCUGCCGAAAGAACGUUAGCACCAACAACCUGGGAAUCGUUUUAUUUUUGUAUUUUUAAACGAGCAAUAGUUUUGCAUUAAGUAGGAGUGAUCUGGAGAAUCUGCAGAACGCUCAUCACACAUACAUGGGAUAACACUCAUUUGGUCUGUGGAGAUUAAUUCACGAGUCCUCCUUGUUCUGCUGUCAUCCACUGGCACACCUCACGGCCUAGCUGGUCUAGGAGUUUAACAAAUCCCUACGAAAUACUCUAAAAAACUUGCCUCUCCACAGGUGUGCGCCACUGUAUCCAGCUCAUACGUUUGUGCUUUCCUGAAUUUUUAUCACCAAUGAAGUUUCGUGAAAGGUUUCACGAGUAUAAUAUAUGAAUUUCGAUCGCUGCCUUCAUAUGUAUUUUGUAUUGGUACAUCCUCGCAAAAGUUAAUUUGUAAUUGUUAACACGAGCUGUGGAUGUGCUGCUGCACUCGCGAUAAUCGCUUGUGCGCAUUAACGUCAAGCGGACGCACAACGCGUCCCACUCGAUGGCUAUUUGUAUUUUUGUAAAGCUGAUGUAAAAAGCGGCGGUUGCCUUUUCCCCACUACCCAUCGCUCACUUGCUUGGCCGAGCAAAUUUGGCGAUAGUGUCGACUUUCCGAUGUGUGCUCGUUACAAAGCUGUUGCGACAGAAGAACAACACCUUGAUGACCUGCCGACAAUCGAGCCGUCCCGCGUGGAAUUGACAUCACACGGCUUCUUCAAAGGGUCCCCGCUCAAGUUAGACGCCCCCAAAAAAUCUAGCAUCACUCCCAAGACAUCUCGACAAACAGUGUAAUAUGCACGGUGCGGCAAUAUUCAGGAACAGUAGAAACUUCAUUCCUAUGAUGUAGGAGAAGAUACAAGCUGAGUGUAAUAUUCGUAUGAUUAAUAAGAUGAAUGUGGGAAGAUCACUGCAUACAUUUCCGCAGUUGUGCUCUACAGCUCUCCAAUGCGUUUUUGCGUUAUACCACUGUCCGAAGUUUCACUCCACAUACAAGGAGCUUCUUUAGGAACCGACCUGAGCUCCCCUAGCUUGUACUAUUUUCUAAAUAUAUAAAACGGGGCCCCAAAAUCGCCCUACGGCAAUGGAGCUUCUUUCAGGUCCUGAAAUUCGUGAAGAAGCUCCCAGCAAGUGGAGCUAAACGUUGGACAUGGUGGCAAACAACCCCACGUGGUACAACCCCUAACCACGUCGUAGAGGGAAUGUUCAAGCAUCCUAUGUAUGAAACGGUUUGAGAGGUGUGUGUGUGCAUGCAAACGGUGAACGGUUGCAGCGUCGUCAUUGGCCAUGAUUGAUCUGCUUGCAUGAAGGGCUCUGCAAGCCAUUGCACACAGUUUGAGCAUCUCCUGCUAUUUUUCUGCACAGACGUAUGGUUCCUGGCAUUUUCCCACACCCUGUGCAGUAUUCGAAAUGAUUUACAGAAAAAUGCCAAAAACGAAACAGGAGUCGAAAAUGUACGAGUAAUUGCAACCAGAUGGUGCGUGUACUAUUCGUACACGAGGCGACUUUAGGCAAUGCCAAAGCAAUGAGAUUAGUGUGCACGAUGCGCGAGUGUGUUGCGCACGCUAUUCGUGUGUUCAUGUCGCUGUGCAGUUUAUAUGUGUGUGGUUGUGGAAUGAUUCGUAUCUGAUCACAAGUUAAAUGCGUGUCGUAAACACUCCUCCACCUGAGAACGCCGAUUAGUAAAAUAAUUUCAACGAAUGUUGGCAAUUUAUGAAUAACAAAUGAUAUUAACGUCCGUUAGUAAAGCAGCAUCUUCCAAAUGUUACGACAGCUCAUGCGAUCUGACCCAAAAAUAAAUUGUGAAGCAAUGUUGGUAGCGAAAACCUACAUGGUAAUUUCACCAACCUCUGUGUGGUUGUGGAAUAUUGUGUCCCAUUGUAUGCUUGACAAAUCAGGCCAGUUGCACUUUGACCAAUUGAUCCGAGCAGCUUCUAUAUAAGAGUAUUAUACAACAUGUACUUCCUUAUUUUAAGUUUUGCUGGCUGGUGUGCAGACAGGCAAGUGCGUGCUGAUGACGUCACCACGCACAUCUGUGACGACGUCACGCGUAUCCCACAACAAGUGCAGGUUUCGUGUGUGUUGACGUCACGCCUCCCCCACUCACCCUCCACCCCAGCCAUGUCGCCCGCGCAAUUGCGUGGGCAGUGCUCGUAUAAAUAACUAAAUAGAUCGGCAAUGUCUCCUUCACGUAUCCAUAUCUCCACAUUAAAAUAUACAAAAGGACGCAGGCGAGUUUUGUGCACGCCACUAAAACGCAUGCGGCGCAGGGGGCAUUGUGUACUUUGUGAGAAAUACUUUGUCAGAUUUGACAUGACAUUUUCAUAGGGUCCAGUAUUUGAGUGAACCCAGUCAUGAAAUGUCAAGUUUUUCUCAAAAUUACUGGACUCAUUACAACAGCCAUCGCUAUAUUCUGUUUUACAAUAUAUGUUACAACCACGUGCCAAUCUUCUGCUGGAGGAAAGCAUCCCCCGUGCCGUGUGAGCGAGCCAUGAUGGUUUAAAUUUUGCCUUAAAACUGUCGUGACUGCAGGAAUUCAUAUUCUCGGUUCUUUCGGUAAAGUCACGUAGGUAGAAUGAUGGUUUGUUUAUUUUAAUCAUACUUCACCAUACUGCAUGGUCAGUACUGGUUGGGUAUGCAGUAUUUAAGAUGUCAUCCAACGCUGACGUUAACUGGCGGCUGGGAAUCGAACUCUGGUGGCUGGGUUCAUCGCACAGCGCUAACUGCUGUUCUGCCACUGCACCCCAACUGCUAUAUAUAAUGUACAGCAGUGGUCAGCAUGGUGUGUUUGUGUGACUGUGUGUGUGUAUAUAUGCUCUGUAAGCCGAUAUGGCUGUAUACGUGACUGGUCUCGCCGCCCACUGAGCCCACCAACCGAAGCUCAUUGUAUCGCCGGGCCACUGUCAGAGCUUUCCAUCAUCAUCCUCGUCCCAUUCGCCUCCUCGCCUCCACCCUCGACAGCACAGCUCCAACCAGUGCCACCCUUGCACUGAUUAAACUAAUUAUUUGGGGGGGGAUGCUGCGUUAGAAGUGGUGCAUAAGCACAACUAACAAAACAAAUCAACACAUUCGUCAGUAACAAUGGGCGUAAAAGGAAAUAUAUAAUCGGCGACGUUUCGGUUAAUGGCCCUUCAUAGCACAUGAAUAGAGAGGUCAGAGAUAAUGUGGAAGAUCAGAGUUGGAGACCACUUAAUAUCAUGGGGCCUGAUGAUAAUAAAAUAACAUUUAUAAUGUUUUCUGAUGACCGGUUUUUUUUAUUGGAAUAUGAAUAGUUACCUAAGAGUAGCUAUUGGGUAAUGGACAAACCUUUAAGUAAUCAAACAUUAUUACUAAAUAAACUCAAAGUUACAUUGCAUUGUGGGACGAUUGCUUCUCGUGAGCACAAGGCACUCAUUUAGGCACUUGAGUAUUUAGCGGGAUUUAGCCAGCAGUCGGGUUCUCCGAAUAAUUUUCAGGAGGAUCCUACAUUUGGCUGUUUGGGCAAUGCCAUUAAUUAUUUUGGUUUCGUGUGUAAAAAAAACCCGGGGGACUCGGGGAGAAAAACCCACGCGACUACGUGAAGAGAGGAAGGCCUUAGGGUCGGGAUCGAACCUACGAUCUCCUGUAAUCCAGGCAAGGUAGUUAACAUCUUUCCACCGUGGCACCACCACUCCCAUCCAGCAAUGGAUUGACAAACAUGCUGCACUAUAACAAUAGGUUUUACCCUUUCUGGCAAUAAAACAGGUGUCGAGAUGUUAAAACCUCAAACAGAAUCCGUA